GUUUUGCGCCUCCCCCAUCCUUGUCUGUCCAGUUGAUGAGGACAGCGUGCUCCGGCCGCUCCAUCAGCUGCGGCCGGCUCAUGCUGGCGCGGCCGAACGCCGGCGCCGUCCGGCCUUCGGCGUCGGCGACGGAGCCGCUCUUCUCCUUCGGCGUGAUCGCGGACGUGCAGUACGCCGACAUCCCGGACGGCCGGUCCUUCCUCGGCGUGCCGCGCUACUACCGCCACAGCCUCGCAGUCCUCCGGCGGGCGGUCCGGAGCUGGAACGCCCACGGGGGCGUCCGGUUCUGCGUCAACUUCGGCGACAUCGUGGACGGCUUCUGCCCGAGGGACCGGUCGCUGGCGGCCGUCCGCGCCGUGGUGCGCGAGUUCGACGGCUUCCGCGGCGGGCCGGCGUACCACAUGCUCGGCAACCACUGCCUGUACAACCUCCCCCGGAGCGAGCUCGUGUCGGAGCUGCGGAUGCCGUCGCCGCCGGGGCGCGCGUACUACGACUUCUCGCCGUGGCCCGGGUACCGGUUCGUGGUGCUGGACGCGUACGACUUCAGCGCCGUGGGGCGGGCGCGGGGCGACCCGGUGGCGGCGGCGGCGCGGCGGUUCCUGGAGGCGCGGAACCCGAACCGCGACAAGAACAGCCCGAGCGGGCUGGAGGGCGCGGCCCGGCGGUUCGUGAUGUUCAACGGCGGCGUGGGCAGCGCGCAGCUGCGGUGGCUGGACGGCGUCCUCCGCGGCGCGGCGGCGCGGCGGGAGAAGGCCGUGGUGUGCAGCCACCUGCCGGUGCACCCGGGCGCGGCGUCGCCCACGGGGCUCAUGUGGAACUAUGAGGAGGUGGCGGCCGUGGUGCGGCGGCACGGGGGGUGCGUCGUGGCGUGCCUCGCCGGGCACGACCACAAGGGCGGGUACGCCGUGGACGACCGCGGCGUGCACCACCGUACGCUGGAGGCCGCGCUCGAGUGCCCGCCGGGCACCGACGCCUUCGGCCGCGUCGAGGUCUACCCCGACCGUCUCCGGCUCGUCGGCUCCGACCGAAUGGCCAGCACGGAGAUGCUGCUCAACUCAUCAUCCAGUGACUCAGUGAGUAGUACCGGAUAGGGUGGUGAUUGAUACCUGCAUGAACCAGAUUACCAGACCAAUGCGCACACCACUGCAACGAAAAUGAUGAACAACUCGUGCAAUUGGCAGUACUGAUUGAUUGAAGAUUGUUCUGUACCACUUGAUGAAUGUUCUAAUCUUUCACACCUCCUAGAAUUCUGUA